AUGCCGCUCAACGUUUUAAUAGGAACUUAUAAUUUAAAUCAACGAUUAUUAAAUCAAGAAUUAACAUCAUGGUUAUUCCCCUUAAGCACCUCAUCACCUUCGCUAUUAGAAAAACCUGAUAUAAUAGCUAUAGGAUUUCAAGAGUUUAAUGAAUACCCAAACGCAUUCUUGAAUAUUAAUAGUGAAACCAGAAUCAAACAUUGUGAAGGAAUGAUUGAAAGAGCGAUAUAUAAUUGUACAAGAGAACGAUAUUAUCAGGUAACACGAAGCAUAUUCGUUGGGUUAGCCUUGGUAAUUUACGUUAGAGAUGAGUUGAUUAAUCAGAUAAAGGACGUUGAGGUCGAACAAAUUGGAGUUGGACCAAUGUGGAUCGGUAAUAAAGGAGCGAUCGUGGUUCGAUUAAUCAUUUUCAUUGAUUCCAGCAGAGAAAAUGUUAAUUCGGUGUGUUUCGUUUGCGCGCAUUUAGCUCCACAUUCAAAAAAUGUUUUAAAAAGAAAUAAGGAUUUUCAAAGCAUCAUUCAAAGAUUAUCCACACCAUACAAGAAGAAGUAUGAUACGAUGUAUGAUAAUGAUUAUGUAUUCUUUUUUGGAGAUUUGAAUUAUCGUAUCGAAUUAAAUUACCUUAAAAAUCCCUCAUUAACGAUAUCAAGGCUCAUGAAUUUAUUAAAUACAAAUCAACAUCAAUUGGUAUUACCAUUUGAUCAAUUAAAUAUUGAGAGGAAGAGAGGAAGAGUGUUUAAUGGAUUUCAAGAGGGGGAAGUCAAAUUUUCUCCUACCUACAAAUAUUAUGUCGAUACCUUUGAUUCUUUUAAUUUCUCAAAAAGAAUUCCCGGAUGGUAUCAUAAACCAGUUUCUGCUUUAUUCACGAUAAAUUUCAUUCCUCCUAAUAUUAAAACCACAAAUGUUACCAUUAAUAUUAAGAUUGAUAAAUGGAGGGUCGUGAAAAAAGUCAUUGGAAAUAUUUUUACCAGAAUCGCCGGUCUUUUAUGGUGGUUAUUUGGAACCAGACGUGGUAUUAAAUUAUUUUUUGUAUUGAUCACUAGCAUCUUGAUUAGUUGGUAUUUCAUAAACCUUUUAUUGAUUAAGUAUCGAGGAAAAUCUUGA